ACGAAUCUAUAUUAUGGAGCGAUUGCAAAAUUUCAUUCAUAUCAAGUGCGGUGAUGACGGACAUGUUACUGGUAUACAUUCAAGCACAAAAAUCAUUCUGACGGGAUCUCAAGAAUGUGACUGGUGCAUGUCCAAAACACACGACACAAAUCGUGCUGAUAGUAUUGCAAAUUGUUAAUGCAGUAGAUUCAAAGCAAUUUUACGGCUCUGUAUUCAGCCAUUUCUGUGGUCAGGUUGAUGUAACCCUGGCCCCUACUUUUGCAGAUGUAAGAAAGUGCGUCAAAUUAAACGGGUUCGGGACAGUCGUGGCGAUCGCAACUCUGCGGUAGUUGAAUUUGUCUCUGAGGGUGACAUCAAAAUCGCUUCUUUGUCUGUAAGCUUUACGACAUCACAAAUUUUAUCGAGAAUCUGUGUGCGGGAAGUGAAAUAUAAAUUUUGCCAAAUGCUUGGAAUUCAACUCGUUCAGCGCCGGUGUUUAAACUUGAAAGCGUAAAAUUGUAAUUGAUGCCGAGAUAAACAAUCCCUGAAAUAUUAGAAUAUUGGUAUCUCGAAUCCCGUUGAUAAUUUCUAAUCCGAAGUAGAAGUAAUGUUACUAAGUGAUAAAGUCAGAUCUCCGCCUUGAUAAAGAAUUCCUACUCAAGUCCCGUUUUGAAGUUCUAAGGAGUCUCAAGUUAUUUUUUAAUAUAAAACUACGUCAAAACAAAAAUGAACGUCUCAUUGCAAGCUCCGUGCUCCUGUUUAGAUUCGCCUUAUGAACCACACCUAUAAAAAUCAAAUUAGAAGCCCAGUUAUUGUCCAGUUACGACAGGUAUUGAGGAUGCGUUGCUGAAGAAACCUUCCUUGUAUUUUACCCACAGGCUACACUCAAAGGCUCUCAUAAAAUUAUGAUAGUAGAUCUGAAUAUAAUUAAGAAGUUUCAUCUGCAUCCAGUUUCAUGAAGCUAAAUUAAUUCUGCAUUGCUCCGCUUCGACGGUUGCCAUAGCGACAGUCCGAUGUAAACAAUUGCUGUUCGCCUCAAUCUAUGAACGGAAUCGUUGGAAUUCAGACGUAUGGAGAGCCUGAACCCAAUCAUAUUUCCAUACUUACCCACCAUAAUUGAUGUUUACAUUUUUCUGCUCUAUAGACGAGUUUCUUCGUUUUAUGUGGUAAAUAAAAUAACAAGUGCUCGAGCAACCAGAUCUGCUGGCCAUUAUACGCUACAGCCAUAACCAAACCAUCCCUAAGAAGAAACUCGAAUUUAUGAUUUAAAUCAAUUUAAGCGUGUAGCCAACAACAGCAACCACCACAAUGACAAGAAGCUUGCAGCGCAAGAACAGCAACUCUGUUUUCUUCAACACAAUCGAGACGAUCUCAAGCACCUUCUUCCCCAAUGUUGAGUUCGAUGAACUCGGCAGGCUGCCGCCCAAAGUAGGCUGCGUGCUUACCUCCAGCCUCCCGCUGCAAAUGUCCAUCUUUUUCUCUGGAAUCUUCUUCCCCGUGUGGCUCAUAUCUACCUACACUAUUUUCUACUACAAGUUCUGGCGCCUGACGACCGCGUACCGCUACGUGGUCGCUCUGGUCUACGUCGCUGUACCGCCGCUCGAGUUCGUGCGUCUACGCCUCGGGUACUCGGGCAACAUCCGCGAGCGGGUUCCUGAGCUGGCGGGCAGUUGGCUGGUGGUGGCGCUGCUGCUGCUGCCGCUGCUGCUGUUCCUGCUGCUGGUGCCAGGCUGUAAGUUGACAGCAAUGGAGUAUCCCUUGCACUGCUUCUACCUCAUCAUAUUAAUUGUGCACAUCAUCGCCGGCCACAUCGCCAUCACCAGAAUGGCCAAGUACCAGACCAAGAUUUAUCACUUGCAAACCAAUGCGCAGAAAACCUCGAUGAAUUCGUCGAGAUCUGUGGCUAAGAAGAAGUUGAAAUGAUUUGAAAUUAGUAUUAUUUAAGAUUUUAUUAUUACUUUUAUAAAUUAAUUGAGGCUGGAUGGGUGAAGGAAAAAUGAACCAAAACAAUCCUGUGCAAUACUCGGGACGAUUUUCUAGCUAACUCAUCUCAAGAGAUCUCAUGUAGUACCUUGCUCUUCUUCUCCUAUACAUUCAAUGUUUCUACUAGGAAAUGUUCACAAUACUUUCUAGUCAUUGCCGUACAAGGUAAAAUAUUUCCCAUGUAGUCUUGCGUAUCUUCUGACUAAAUGAGUUUUUUGCUAGCAUUGUAAGCCGGUUAACAUUACUGCAUAAGGGAGGUCAUGACAGAGCUGAAGAACUACAAGCCAGUUGUUCGUUCUGACACGAGCGGAAAGAUUUUCUGCGAGCGAAUAUGAAUGAGCAGAUGCAACGAUUUAUGGGAGAAGAAUGAGUGCUUGGGACGAGCGAAAUGGUUUCAGAUUUGAAAGAAGAGAAGAAUAGAACAUUGUUGUUGUGAAUGAACUGGUUGGUAGGAUGAAUAACGAUGAAGAGAUGGUGUACCUGGCGUUACUAGAUACUGAAAAAGCGUAUGACUAGGAUGAUAGAGAACUGUUGUUAGACGCCGGAAAAAUUGGUAUAAGUGAAAAAUUUGCGAGGAUAGUGAGUAAUAUGUAUUUAAAUUCUAGUGCAAAAUAUAGACUGGAGGAUGUGGAGAUGGGAGAAUAUUUUAAAUGAUUAGGAAGACUCCAAUUUUUAUUUAUUAUUAUUGAAUAAAUGAAUGAAUGCCGUGUACAAGACCGGUCUAAAGGUCUGACUGGAUAUCGGCGCCCCCAUUAUUCUAAUUCCAUUCUCAUUGAUGAUAGUGUGACUAUAAUACUUAAGCAUUUGUCUCAUGAUCUCAUUAAAUUUAUUAAUGUGA